GGCAGGUGCCCGUGAAUAAAGAGGACGUUUUAUUUUAAUAUCUUCUUCUAUUAUAUAAAGCUUCCAUGGCCAACCUUGUUUAAGCUUCUCUCCUUCUCUUCCUGCGCGUGUCUCUCUUCUUUUUUUUUUACUAGUUUUCUGGUUUGUGUAAGAAGGGAGAGAGUGAUGGAGUUUGAAUGUUGAAAACAGUUUGAACGAUCGCAUGGCUGAGAUUUGUUACGAGAACGAGUCAGCGAUGAUGAAGACGACGUCCACGGUGGUUAAGAAGACGACGGCCACGACGACGACGACGACUAAGAGGCGAGAACGGAGCUCUUCUCAAGCCGCGAGAAGGAGGAGAAUGGAGAUCCGUCGGUACAAGUUCGUCUCCGGCGAACAAGACGCCGUUUUCGUCGACGGAGAGUUGCAGAGACGGGGGAGACGAGAAUCGACGGUGUUUUACGAGUUGGCCAAGACCGAGACGGCGAAGGAGGUUGUCGUUUUGUGCGAGUCUCUGAGCUCUACGGUCAUGGCAUUGCCUGAUCCAGACGCUUAUCCUAAAUACGGCGUCGCUUCCGUCUGCGGAAGAAGACGGGAAAUGGAAGACGCCGUCGCUGUGCAUCCGUUUCUCUACCGUCAACAAACGGAAGGAUAUCACUACUGCGGCGUUUACGAUGGCCAUGGCUGUUCCCAUGUAGCGAUGAGAUGUAGAGAAAGGCUACACGAGCUAGUGCGGGAGGAGCUUGAGGCUGAUGAUGAUGCUGACUGGGAAAAGUCAAUGUCGCGUAGCUUCACGCGCAUGGACUUGGAAGCUGUGGCGUUGAACGCAGGUGGUACCGCGAGUUGCCGUUGCGAGCUUCAGAGGCCCGAGUGCGACGCGGUGGGGUCUACCGCGGUUGUGUCCAUCCUCACACCGAAGAAAAUCGUCGUGGCUAACUGUGGAGAUUCCCGUGCCGUUCUCUGCCGUAACGGGAAAGCCAUUCCUCUGUCCUCCGACCAUAAGCCGGACCGUCCUGACGAGCUAGACCGGAUUCAAGCAGCGGGUGGUCGGGUUAUCUACUGGGAUGGCCCACGUGUCCUUGGAGUACUUGCAAUGUCACGAGCCAUAGGAGAUAAUUACUUGAAGCCAUACGUUAUCAGUAAACCGGAAGUAACCGUAACGGACCGGGUGAAGGAAGACGAGUUCCUUAUACUGGCAAGCGAUGGUCUUUGGGACGUUGUCUCAAACGAAACUGCAUGUAACGUCGUUAGAAUGUGUUUGAAAGGAAAAGUCAACAGUCAGCUAACGUCUUCACCGGAAAACGACGUUGCUGGCGCUGGAGACGUGGUUGUCGGAGGAGGGGAUGUGUCGAAUAAAGCGUGUGUUGAAGCGUCCAUUUUGCUGACGAGGCUUGCGUUAGCUAGACAAAGUUCUGACAACGUAAGUGUUGUGGUGGUUGAUCUCCGAAGAGACACGUAGUUGUUUCUUGUCUUUCUCCAUUGUAAUGUUUGUUUUUUUGUCCUGAGUCAUGAUGACUUUUGGGCUUUCUUUAACUUUUUUGCUCUUCGGUUUAAGACGAAGGGUUUUUAAUUUUAUUAGCUUGACUUUUGGUAUGUCACCGUGUAAGUGAAUAGCGGUUUACAUCUUCUGAAGUUUUCACCCGAAACUGCGGUAAAAAAGGCAUGAGGUUUGGUA